AUGGUUAAAUUAUCUGACGAUCGUCCUCCGCAAUACGAACCACACCAUCAAAGCCAUGAUAAUAUACUUAUCACGGUCAUCCAAAAUGAAAGACGUGGCCGGAAAUGGGCACGAAAAUGGGACGAUUUCGAUCCAAAAGCCCAAAACUUCUUUGAUACCGUUCCUCUAGGCGACUCGAGAUGCCCACCAUCUGUGGAGUCUUUCCUUCACGGGGCCCGGCUACUUGAUGAAAUGGCAGACUUAUUCAGAGAGGCUGCAAAUAUACAAGAGGAAAGAAACUCACAUGGCCAAGACGAGCUUUAUGAUACCGUGAAGAAGCUUUCGGAUACCGAACUUGAUCGCGUCUUUGCUUCUUCAAACCUGGGCACAGGAUCGUAUAGGAAACCUGAGCUGAUUUGGAACCACAAAAGCGAUAUAGAUGGCCGUGAGAAAUUCAAAUUCAAAUCAUCGAGGGCCCGGAGGUUUCUCCACACUGUGCAGGGGGUAUGGGUUCAUCUGACGGGCCCGCCAGUCUGA